AUGGCGCAGCUCUCUGAUGCCCCGGCUGAGGUCAUAGACAACAUCUUGAGCUUCAUUCCAAGAGCCGACCUUCCGAGCCUAUGCCUCGCCAAUAAAUCCCUUCACCAGACCGCCCAACUCUUCCUCUAUUCUACCAUUAACAUCGAAUGGAGCGAUAACCCAAAUGUUCCAAGAUUACAAAACCCCCCGAUUAUCUCUCUUCUUCGCACUCUUUUACAAAGACCAGAGCUAUUUACCUACAUUAAUGAAGUCCAUUUGAGCGGAAGUCGCAUGUAUGAUAAUCCAGAGCGACCAUCGUUGGAUACUACAGGCCUUUCACCCAACCUCGACCUCUUUAUUAACGCUAUUUAUAAGACUCAAGUGUCUUAUACCAAUCUCUGGAUCGACAGAUUGAAAGCAGGCGGUAUGGAUGCAUUCGCUGGUCUUCUCAUUACCGGUGUUUCCAAAAUCAGAUGCUUUCAUAUUGAUCAUAACUAUAUUAACGGCGAUGAUAUUCUUGGCAAAGUUCUCCUGUCUAAAGUAUUUGGACAGCUGCCUGCAUUUGAGCGGCUUAAAGAGGUGUGGUAUACUAAGAGAAUGGAUCAUAAUAUUCCGCAGACGAACGAGAUUUUCCUAUACGCAGCAUCUCUGUUUUAUCUACCAACAGUAACGGAUAUUUAUGUCUCGAUGUCAAAUCCUGAUAUCUUUGCGUGGCCAAGAGAGCAACCUAAUCUUGAUCACCUAACUGAUCUGUCGAUAGACUGGCUGAUUGAGGAACAUUUAAUAAGCAUCUUAUCGAUUACGCCAAACCUGAAGUCACUUGAUUACACAUGGAUGUAUCAUCAAAGUCCUAAUGAAGAACUUGAAUAUCCCAUGUUGGACUUCGACUACCUGGUCGACGUCUUAUCAUUUGUUAAAGACACGCUUGAGAAAUUCAUGUUUUCUAUGGAAAUUGGAGAUGAAGAGCGUGAUGGAUCAACGAUAGAAAUGGAAUUUAUGGGAAGCAUGAGAGGUCUUGUCGAUUUCGACAAACUCAAAUAUCUUUCCAUACCGUUAGUAUGCCUUGCAGGCUUUGCGGCAGAGCCUAUACCUCUGGAGCAGUCUAUUCCUGCAAAUCUGGAGGUUGUUCAUCUCCGGCAGAAAUCACUCGCCACUAGUGAAGACUCAUACAAAACUUCACUUCGUUACUGCGUGGACGAGGGCUUUGCAGAUUAG